UGCAGAUUUGAAACUUGAAGUGCAAGCCUAGAAAGGUCAUUUUCCUCCCGCCAUUGCCAUUUCGCACCAAUCACUCAUCAACCUUCUCUCUCUAGGUUUCCAUCUCUCUCUCACAUGCACUAUCACUAUGCAGCACCUACCUCCCAAAAAACCCUCGCAAUUCGUCGUCAAAGGUGACAGAAUCGAAGUCCGGCGCCCUAACGACGCCGUCACAUGGCAUCCGGCCACCUUCAUCCGCUUCUGCGGCGACAGAGCCUACGUCAAGCUCGAGACGAGCGCGGACAGCGACGAUCCCACGUCGCCGCUGCGGCGCGAGUACGUCGCCGCCGCCGAGGUCAGGCCGGCGCAGCCGGUGGAGAUCCACAGGUACUUUAAGGUUGGGGAAAGUGUGGAGGCGUUUUGCGGAGAGAGGAAGGGGUGGAGGAGAGGGGAAAUCGCGGAGAUUUUGGAGAAUUCGCGCUACUCGGUGGUGUUUGAGGGCGCGGAUCGAGGGGGUUCCGCUUCUGCGGUGGAGCAGUGGGAGGUGAGAACGGUUAGGGACUGGAGUGAUGGCAUGUGGAAUCCGCCAUUGCUGCUUCAGCAAGUUAUGCAAGUGAAGAGCAAGUCGUCAUCUGAAUCACAGGCAAAAUCAAAUGGUUUGAAGCUCAAGAUAAAGUGCAAGAAGAAACCACAGCAAAUGAGAUUCAGUGAGGGGAUGCUAGUGGAGGUCAAGAGGUAUGAGAAAGGCUUCGAAGGUUCUUGGUUCAUUGCUGUUAUUGUUAAACCAUUGGAAGACGAGAAGUAUUUGGUGGAGUAUAGAACUUUAAGAACUGGUGACCAGACUGAAUAUUUGAGAGAAGAAGUGCAUGCUUCUUGCAUCAGGUGCACCCCACCUGUUAUAAGGCGUGUUAAGCCUUUUGAGUCUCUGGAACGUGUUGAUGCUUGGUCUAAGAGUGGCUGGUGGGAGGGUUACAUUGUUGAAGUCCUGAAUGGCGGUUCGUACAUGGUUCACUUGUGCACAAAUGAAGAUCUGAUAUUGGAGCAUCGUAAACUGAGGCCUCAUCAAGAAUGGAUCGAUGGUAAAUGGUUUUCAGAUCUUAAGGUAGAGAAGACUGAAUUGAACGUUAAGCCCAACAACAAGAAGUUGAAGAUUAAAAAUAGGCAAACUGCAGAGCCAAUCUUCAGGGAGGGGAUGAUGGUGGAGGUGAGAAGUGAUGAAGAAGGCUAUCACGGCUCUUGGUUCACUGCUGAGAUAGUUUGCUCGUUAGCCUCCGGUGAAUUUUUGGUUGAGUACCAGACGUUGAAAACAGACGAUGAAUCUGCACUGCUUCGAGAAGAGGCGCUUGCUUCAUAUAUCAGGCCUUGCGCCCCUGAAAUCAUGAGGAUUGACUGUUACAUGUUGCUGGAAGAAGUUGACGCGUGGUAUAAUGAUGGGUGGUGGGUUGGCCUCGUCUCUAAAGUUCUUGAUGAUCGAAGAUAUGGUGUGUAUUUCUGGACAACGAACGAGGAAAUCUUUUUUAAUCACUCUGAUUUAAGGUCUCAUCAAGAUUGGAUUGGUGGCAAAUGGACUGCUGCAAUGAUGAAAAAAGCGGAGUUGCGAGUCAACAACAGACAAGUUAUAAAAUUUGGAGAGCACGACAGAAUGGGAGUAGAACCAUUCAUUGUGAAUGGGAUGAAGGCAGAGAUAAAAGGUGAUCAUGGCGACAAAAACGAGGGCAUUUGGUACCCUGCUAUUAUUCUGAAAUCACUAGGCAUAAGAAACUAUCUAGUUCAAUACCAAACCUUAAUUAACGAAUACGGAACACAACUGCACCAAAAAGCUUUCGGCCCGUGCAUAAGGCCUUCCCCUUCGGUCAUCCAAAGAAGAGAUUCCUAUAAGCCAUUUGACAGAGUUGAUGCUUGGCAUAACAAUGGGUGGCGUGUUGGUCGAGUCCAGAAAGCCUCUCCGAGCAGAAAUUACACUGUCUAUUUCAACGCGACAAAUGAGAUGAUGGAGUUUCAGCAUUUUGAGUUGAGACCUCAUCAAGAUUGGAUACAAGGGCAGUGGGUUUUGGCUAUAAGGGGCUCUUAGUCGCACUCAAGGUGACAUUGCCUCGUGUUAAUGUGGUCCUAGCUACGGGUUUAACUUA